GGCGGAGCGCGACUCAUCCUGUCGUCUUCGUGCUCCUCGCAGCUGGUGCCUGGUGCCGCUGCUGAUCCUGCGCAACGCAGGGCUUUCAGCGAGGAGGCCACUCUUGAGCUCAUCCUUCUUCACGCUCUCUUCCUCUCCUUUUCCCCUUUCUACCACCGCUUGCGGCAACAUGGCGUCCAAAUUUUGGGGCAAUAGCGACAGCGAGAGUGAUGAAGACAGCCAGUUCUCCGAUAACGAUGAGGCGGAGGUUAUUAUCGGUGGAGAGGAAGCUGAGAAAAUCGCCUCCAAGUAUUUGCGAGGCGGUGACUCGGACAGUGAUGAGUCUGACGACCAACGGCGAGUGGUUCGAUCCGCCAAGGAUAAGCGUUAUGACGAGCUGGUGCAAACUACUGAACAGAUUAAAAAUCAUAUCAAAAUUAAUGAUUGGGUUCAGCUCCAAGAGAGUUUUGAGCGGUUGAACAAGCAAUUGGAAAAGGUGAACCGCCUCGCGGAAUCUCAAGUUGCACCCCGCGUGUACAUCAAGGGUCUUGUAUUGCUUGAAGAUUUUCUGAGCCAAACUCUGCUUAACAAGGAGGCUAAGAAGAAGAUGAGUCCCAGCAAUGCUAAAGCAUUGAACUUCAUGAAGCAGAAGAUGAAGAAGAACAACCUGUUGUACCAAGCUGACAUCGAAAAGUUCAGGGUCAAUCCGGAAUCGGAUGUGGAGUCCGACUCAGACGAUGCAGAUAAUGCAGAUGAUUUCAUUAGUGACGAUGACGAUGAUAUUGAUCCCACCGAUCGCCCAGAGGAUCUCUCAGAUGAUCCAGACGCUGCGGAUGACGGUGAAGGAGACUGGACUACCGCCCAAAAGAAGCCCAAGGAGAUGUUCCCAAAGUUGAACCCUGGUCAGAUUUCAUGGGAGAUGGUGGACAAGAAGCUGAAAGAGAUUAUUGUGGCUCGUGGGCGCAAAGGCACAGACCGUGUCGAGCAAGUGGAGCAGUUGUCAUAUUUGGCUAGGUGUGCAAAGACCCCUGCUCAGAAGCUGGAGGUGAUGGUGCACGUGGUGUCUGCUCAAUUCGACAUGAAUCCGAGCCUGAACACACACAUGCCGAUUGCGGUAUGGAAGAAGUGUGUGCAGAACGUACUGGUGAUAUUGGACAUUUUAGCUCAGUACCCGAACAUCACAAUGGACGAUACUUCAGAGCCAGAGGUAGAGAACGAGACGGAGAAGGGAGCAGAUCAUGAAGGACCCAUCCAUGUGUGGGGUAAUGUGGUGGCAUUUUUGGAGCGGUGCGACGACGAACUGUUUAAGAGUCUGCAGUGUAUUGAUCCGCACACAAAGGAUUACGUUGAGAGACUGCGGGACGAGCCUUUGUUCAUGGCGUUGGCUCAGAAUGUUCAGCAGUAUGUUGAGAGGCUAGGGGAUAUGAAGGCAGUCGCUAGGGUGGCUCUGAGGCGGGUGGAACAUGUGUACUACAAGCCGCAAGAGGUUUACGAGGCGAUGAGGAAGCUGUCGGAGCUGCAGAGCCGCUCGGGUGCUGCUGCGGAGGCAGAUGUAGAAGGUGAAGAGGAGGACGGAGAAGGUGCAAUGAAGGCAGGUACUGAGGCCAAAGGGCCUGUUGCGUUCGUAGUGACUCCGGAGAUUGUUCCGCGUAGAGCCUCUUUUCCUAGUGUGAACAGGAAGCUGAUGGAUCAGUUGGUCACACUGAUAUACAAGCAUGGGGACGAGCGCACCAAAGCUCGGGCGAUGCUGUGCGAUAUCUACCAGCACGCUAUCUCUGGCGAGUUCUACACGGCCAGGGAUCUGCUGCUGAUGAGCCAUUUACAGGAUUCGGUCAUGAACAUGGAUAUCUCGACUCAAAUCCUGUUCAACAGGGCGAUGGCACAGUUGGGCCUGUGCGCAUUCCGGGAGUCGUUAGUGGUAGAGGCACACAACUGUCUGUCUGAGCUGUACGCCGGUGGCCGCGUGAAGGAGUUGUUGGCGCAGGGUGUUCAGCAGAGUCGUUGGCAUGAGAAGAACCCUGAGCAGGAGAAGCUGGAGAGGAGGCGACAGAUGCCGUUCCAUAUGCACAUAAAUUUAGAGCUUUUGGAGGCGGUGCAUCUGGUUACGGCGAUGCUGUUGGAGGUGCCAAAUAUGGCGUCGAGCGUGCACGACAUGAAGCGGAAGGUGAUUAGCAAGCCAUUCCGUAGGUUUUUGGACAUCAACGAGAAGCAGACGUUCACGGGUCCUCCGGAGAACGUUCGGGACCACGUGAUGGCAGCCACGCGGGCUUUGAGCAAAGGUGAGUGGGAGAAGGCAGUGGAGGUGAUCUUGAGUAUGGACGUGUGGAAACUCCUGGGGAAGCGGGAGGCGAUCAUGGAGAUGCUUCGGGGCAAGAUUCAGGAGGAGGCACUUCGCACAUAUAUUUUCACCUACUCGCCGUACUUCAAUUCACUGAGUCUCGACCAGUUGAUGGCGUUAUUUGGGUUGCCAGAAGCCCAGGUGCACAGCAUAGUGAGCAAGAUGAUGAUCUCAGAGGAGCUCCACGCGAGCUGGGACCAGCCGACGCGUUGCAUCGUGACGCACAAUGUGGAGCCUACUAGGCUGCAAGCGUUGGCAUCCCAGUUCGCUGAGAAAUUGAAUGUACUGGUGGAGAGCAACGAGAAAGCAUUCGAUGCGCGCAUGGGUGGCGGAGGCAUGGAGGGGAUUGGUCGUCGCAGCAACAGGGACGGUCAAGACUACGCUGAUGCCGCAGGGGGCAGGCGUGGGGGAGAUUUCGGGGGAGGUCGUGGAGGUUCUAAGGGUGGACGUGGUGGACGUGGUAACAGAGAUAAUUUCACAGGAGGUCGUACGGGUAGAGACAACGCUAACCUGGGAGGAUACAACAAUUACAACCGCGGUGGGCAAGGAGGAGGCCGGGGCUACAACAGUGGUUAUCAAAGCACCCGUUAUCAGGACGCAUACAGUAGUGUGGGCAGGACUCCUUACCAGACAGGACCAGCUUCCGGGGGCGUCAAUAGAGCCCAACAGGCAACAGAUGCAGGUGGUCGCAUGGUUAGCUUGUCAAGGAUGGGUAGCCGCUUUUAGAUGCCGUUACCAAUUUUGGCACGAAAACAGUGAAGAAAAUGACUGUUUCCAUAUGUUGCGUUUUGGUACGAAAGCAGUGAAAAAAAAAAAGAAUGUUUUCGUCAUGCAUUUUGGCUUGUUCAUUUUAUAUUGCUUA